AUGAAAAAAGAAAAAAAGCCAACAGUCGUUGAAUCAAGCAAGAGACUUCUUGUUAUUUCGCCCUCUCCAAAUAACCCAGCGCUCUCUCCGCUUAUCAGCUUGUUCUUAAACCUGCUGCAGAAUUCGGUUAAAUACACAGACAAAGAUGGAGUGUACCAGCCAACUGCCUCAAACACGUCUGUCUCCAAUGGGCGGCUUGAGGGGCUGAUGAAGAAAAAAGAGUGCUCGCUUUUUGUGUACUUGUACUGCAACAAAAGCAACGAGCCAAGAAUCAUCAUAGGAAGAACACACGAAUAUUCAAUAACUGAUCUAGUGCAGUACAAGGUAAAUCACGAAGUCAAAGAUGUAAACAUGCUUAGAAAUAUGCUGCACAUUCUUCUCCUGCACAGAGACCCGCACAGCACAGAUGCACACAGCCAGAACAUGCUGCUAGAUCUCCUACGAGACUCAAUUCCCCCGGCUGUUGGCCUGGGAGUGAUAAAGUACGGGCUGGGAAUAAACGUAGAGGAGAAGACAAUCACUCUGGAUCUGCUGGAGAUAGAAGCAUCGCCUUUCAAACUGGUCCAUAUCCUCGGCCCAAUCACCCUUACAGUCCUUGAAGAGCACAGAAUGAAGCUGCAGCAGCAUAAAGAGGCCAGCAAGUCUGUAAGACAAACGGAAAAGAAGAUAAAGAACGUAGAAAAAGGGCCCUUAAAUAGCAGAAUGGGAGUGCUGCAUCUGGAGAGACAGGAUCUCAGAGAAGUGCAGCUAAGCAAAGGCAGAGCGCUCAGAGGAAGAAAAUAG